UUUCGCGCGUCUCGAUAAACGGCCCGCUGAACACGACGAGUGAGGUGCUCCCGCACCAGCACGCCGCGCUACCUUGUCACCUCGCCGCUCCGCACUCGCGCCCCGCCGAGCUCGUCAGUCAGUCGUUGACUCGGCAGCGUACCGCGCGGGAGUGCAUGCCAACCCGGGUGUCGAGAGCGUCUCAGACAAGAUGAAGAAAAAAGUGCAUGAUGGCAAAGAUGGCUUCGAGCCCUCGGCAACACUCGAAAUACCGCCACUACAAUCUUCUAAGAUCAAUCUCGUGUACCCUGCACCAGAGGAUGAGUUAUACGACCCAUUUAGCCAGCGGCCUCAGACACUUCAAUACUCGGACUUCGGCGCGUGGGCGCACAUGGUCAAGGGUGGCAUGGGCACCGGGAUCAUGGCCAUGCCGAUGGCCUUCAAGUACGGCGGCUUCGUCCUGGGGCUGAUCGGCACCCCGGUGGUCGGGCUGGUGGCCGUGCACUGCGUCUGCCUGCUGGUGGCCACGGCGCAGCACCUGUACGUGCGCGCGCGCGUCCCGUCCAUGACCAUGCCCGAGGUGGCCUACUACUCCUUCAAGUGCGGGCCGUCGUACCUGCGCCGAUACGCGGUCUACGCCAGGAUCUUCGUGCAGCUGGUCCUCUUCCUCACGUACUUUUUCACCAUCAUCUCGUACAGCAUCUUCAUCGGGGCGGCGCUUCAGCAGCUGGUGGAGCAGUGGACGGGUGAUUCGGUGCUGGACGGACGCGUUUACAUCGCCAUCCUCGCCUUGCCGCUCAUACCGCUCGGCCAGGUGCGACAAAUGCGACAGCUGGUGCCGUGCUCGGUGCUGGCCAACGCGUGCAUCGUGGUGGGCUUCGCCAUCACCCUGUACUACCUGCUGGACGAGCAGCCCGGCCUGAGCCGCGUCAGCAUGGCGCCCACCCUCAUCGGGGUGCCCAUCUUCUUCAGCACGGCCAUCUACUCCAUGGAGGGCAUCGGCACGGUCAUGCCCGUCGAGAACACGAUGCGCAACCCCGGGCGCCUCGGCGGCUGGAACGGCAUCGCCUCGCGGGCCAUGGCCUUCGUCGUGGCCAUCUUCACGACCAUCGGCGCCCUGGGCUACCUCAAGUUCGGGGAGGCCGUCCUGGGAAGCAUUACACUCAAUCUAGAUUCCGACCUAAUCCCCGCGCAGGUCGUGAAGGCCCUGCUGGCGGCCGCCAUCACCCUCACCCACCCGCUGCAGUUCUACGUCGUGUUCGAGCUGGUCGUUCCCAUCAUCGAGUCCCGCGUGUCCACGCCCAGCCUGCGGAACUGGGCGCAGAUCGGCAUGCGCAUGACCCUGGUGACGCUGUCGCUGCUCGUCGCCAUCGCCGUGCCGAACCUCGAGCUCGUGAUCGCGCUCAUGGGCGCCGUGCUCUUCUCCAGCCUGGGACUGCUCAUCCCCGCCGGCGUCCACCUGGUGUCCGAGCUCGCGCGAUGGGAG